AUCGAUCGGAGGAAAGUACAAAGAAAGAAAGAAAGAAGAUGGCUGCCUCCAUAAAUACUUUUUCUGGCAUCGUAGAGUUGAUCUGUGAAGCCAACACACUAAAUGAUCAUCUUUUAACGUGUAACCAUUUAACUUCUGCUGAAAGUCAACAAAAUUAUGAAGUAUGCAAGGCAAGAUGCAGUAAGCUCAAAGAAAAAACUGAACAGUUAAACUUGAAGACGAGCAAUGAUGAAGAUGCUAAAAGUAUUCUUGAGGAGUAUGCACAGAUUGUGUUAGACGUCACUUACAUUGACGAGAAUCAGCUUGUGGAAGAUGAUUUUCCUGAACAAACGGCAAACACUAGAAUACGAAAUGUUUUAAAUCACAUAGACAACAUUUUGUUAGUUGCCAAGAAGACCUUUCCAAAUCUUCAGCCAACAGACUGCCUUGGUGUAGAAAUAAUGGAAGUUAUACUGUGGAGGAAGGGUGCGUUACUGUACAUGUACUGUCAUCAAGUCAUUCCGGACAAAGAGCGCCUCAAGAGAAAUGUUAUGGAAAUCAAACAAAUACUCUAUGAUGGGAUAUCUUAUUUAAGACAGAUGCUUGAUGUUCGGAAACCUGACUGUCAACAGUUGUCUGAUCUUGAGCUGCAUGUUAAUGAUACUCUUCAACUAAUAAAAUCAGGUAUCUAUACAGACACUCACUUGCUGGCACUGAUGUAUUGCGGAGAAAUGUGUUACUGGUACGUCCAGGCUGUUCGAGAUGGACUCUUCGACUUGUCUCCAGAGUUUGCUGUCAAAGACAUAGGGAGCCGAGUGCUUAAAUCUUAUAUUAAGGCAGUACAAGGACCUCUAAAGGGAGCUGGGUGGACUUGUGACAGAGCUGAGGAACUCCUGGCAGUGAUAGUUAGCUAGUUGUUAAUAUUGUCUAGAGAAUGUAGUUACAGCAGAGAUUCAAAAUCUUUCUGGAAUUCUGAAUUUUAGCACUGUUCAAAUGCUGUUCCUGUCAUUGUUGUUGAAGGGGGGGUGGGGGAUCUAGUCGGUAGAGUGCUUAUCUGAGUUGCUCGAGUCGGAGCAUCAAAACCCCAGUGCCCCAGGUAUAUCAAAGGAUGUGGUAUGUGUUGUCCUGUCUGAGGAAAAGUACAUAAAAGAUCUCUCGCUGUUAAUGUAGUGUGUUUCCUCUAGACAAUAUAUCAUAAAUAUGAAAUGUUUAACAUCCAAUAGCUGAUGAUAUCAAUCAAUGUGGUCUAGUACAGAGUAGUAGUGUUGUUAAACAAGACAGACUUUCAAACUGUUGUUGCUCAAGAUCUUUCAAUGUAUUUAUCCAACGUCAUUUUUACCCCUGCUACAGUAAUAAAUUCUAAUUAGAUCGACAUCCAAGACCAAUACACUGCCAUCCAUAACAACUAACCAGGUUCCUGUCCAUAAUUAAUACACUAACCAGGUUCCUGUCCAUGAUUAACACACUAACCAGGUUCAUGUCCAUGAUUAACACACUAACCAGGUUCCUGUCCAUGAUUAACACACUAACCAGGUUCAUGUCCAUGAUUAACACACUAACCAGGUUCCUGUCCAUGAUUAACACACUAACCAGGUUCCUGUCCAUGAUUAACACACUAACCAGGUUCCUGUCCAUGAUUAACACACUAACCAGGUUCCUGUCCAUGAUUAAUACACAAGCCAUACCUUCCAUAAAAUACUAAUCAAGACCAAAACCUGGACUAGUGAUCAAAACUAAAACCAUGCCAUCCAUGAUUUUAUAAAAGUCAGUUUUACAUUGAUUAUUUGUGUAGAAAGUAUUCUGCAUGUAUUGUACAAGGUAUAUAUUUUAACAGUAUUCAAGAAAAAAAAAAUCUUAUGAUUUUAAACAAAUUAUUUAUUUAUAUUCAUUAACAUUUUGAGACGAUUUGUACAAUUGUGUAUCCACGAGAAUCACAAAUUGCAACUAUUUAUAAAUUUUACAGUUGGUUUGAGAUCAUUUUAUUUGGUGCUUUGGAAACAUGUUUCGUGAGUAUAUAUGAACUAAACUUAUCAAUGCAUAAAUUAUUCACUAGUAUCAUAUUUGAUGCUAUAUGUAUAUUGCUGUUAUUUAUUUUCAGAUAUAAAAUAUAUACUUUUUC